AUGGUUCUGGAAGCCUUCUGGAAGGACGAUCCGGUUGGCGAGUUCGAGGUUUCCGAUUCGCGCUUUGCCUCUUUGGGUAGGCCCCGUCAAUGGGGAGCGACGUCAAUCGCGGAAAGCCCGGGUGCCAUAAACAUUGAAAAUGAUAGCCCGGUCCCGUACGAGCCUCCUCUCGGCGAAAUCUUGGGCGAAGGCUCAACUUGCCUUAUUGCACGCGUGGCACCAGGUGUCAUAAUUAAAUGUCCACGAUUCUCGUGGUGGCAUUCUAAGUCAGCGACGGAUAAAUGGUUCGUUCAGGACAUGAAGCGGAGUUUCGAGGUGGAAGAAGCACUUCUGCAAAUCCUAGGACCGCAUCCAAGAAUAAUAGAGUUCAAGGGGGUCUCGGAUGAUCCAUUCGGAUUGUUAUUUGCCGAAGCAAGCGAUGGAAGUCUACAGAAAUACAUUGAUCAGCACCAUGCUAGUAUCGAUAUAUCUAUACGAUUCAAAUGGCGCACGCAAGCCGCGGAGGCGAUCGAAUUCAUUCAUCAAAAAGGUGUGAUACACUCCGAUCUCCGACCUGACAACUUUCUGUUACACAGUGUCGCCGGCAACGAGCCCGAUCUUUUGCUCUGUGACUUUGGAGGGUCAACAGAUGAAGAAAUAGAUGGUCGGCACCUCCCUGAUGCCGGCUUCUUUAAUCCUUGCAUCCCGCCGGAAUCGACGAAAAGCACAGAUAUCUUUAGCCUCGGAUCUAUCUACUAUACGAUAAUGACUGGUCAUUGGCCGUACAAAUCUCCAGGUCCAUUCACGUCCAUUGUGGAGAGGGAUAAAUACGAAGAAUUGGUUGUAGGCCUGUUUGCCUCCAAAAUGUACCCGCCCGUUGAUGGACUGGCAGCUGGACUCGUUAUACAACGAUGCUGGAUAGGAGAAUACUUCGAUCUACAGGAACUCAUUGAAGACCAGCGUUGGCAGUUUGAGACUCUUAUCACAUGA